AAGGAAGAUGUUCAGCAAUGUGCCGAACUGUUCAUUGAUGCGAAAACUUCGGCGCAGUUGGCUCUUUCAAAAAAAAGCGAUGGGCAGGCAGCCCCAGCUGUGUCUGCAGCUCCUGCAGCAACAAGCACGGGCUCUACUACUACUACUCAACAGCAGCAGACGAAGACAGACUCAGCAAAUGAUGUGGAGGAUGUUCCAAUGGAAACGAGCAAAGCGUAGCUGGGAAGUUUUUGCACUGUUUUGA